GAAGCCCGCUCUGUCUGCAGCUUGCAGAUACUGCAGGACUGCAAAAUUGUUAUAACUUUCGGUUUCGGUUGCCCCAUCGUCGUAUGUGCGGCUUAGCUUCUUCGUAGAUUUUGCAUCUUUUCUCGGAUUCUCAGUGUCAUUUUUACAAGCACAAGACUCAAGAAGGAGGUUGGCUAAGGACAGUGCAACACCUGUCAGAUAUCCAGUCUAACCUACAGCAUCUGUCACGUAUCACUGCUGGGCAUGCAGGGAUUUUGGCAGAAUCAUGCUGUGUCUUAAAGUGUUAGCGAUUAAUUUGUUACUGAUCUUGAUCAACCCAUCAUCUACAGCCCCAGACAUUUCAAACACAAAUGUGUACGGCGCAAAAGGUAAGUCCAUCGAAUUGAAAGUGGAGAAGCAGCCCGGGGGAGCAAAAAUCGUGUCCAUUAUCUGGAAGCAUGGAAAGAAUAAAGCUGCAGAAUGGUUUGAGGAAGAUCAGGAGCCUCCUAUUAAAUUUGGCAUUUUCAACACAUCAUCUACGUCAUUGGUCCCAGAUAAAUGGUUCCUGAUCAUCUCAGACCUGCAGUCAAUAUUCAAUGGCGUGUAUUCGGCUGAGGUGAACAACAAGGACCCAACUCAAAGUGUGACCCUUACUGUAAUUGAGGCUGUUUCAAAGCCUGAAGUCACAAAAGAGUGCAUCCCUGAAUCUACCAACUGCACCCUAACCUGUAAAGGAACAGGUGAUGGCCCCACACAGUACUCCUGGAAUGAUGAAGAGUGGAAUGGGCCUGUUUUGACUGUGUUGAAGAGUGAGAAUCAAGAAGUCCUCUACACCUGUAACUUCAGUAAUCCAGUGAGCUGGAAGACCAACAGUGUCUCUGUGCCAAGGACAAUUACAACUUAUGAAUCAACAAAAGGUGGCAUAAUCGCUGCUGCUGUUGUUAUUAUUUUUAUUUUAUUGUUGGUCUUGGCUGUGGCAUUUUUGUGCAAAAGGAACAUUGUACGUCCAUGUUGGGGCCAACACAGAGGAUACAGAAUAAACUACGAACCAGCUAAUAAAGAUGCCCAGAGUGGAGGAGACCAGUCUGUUGUGAAUAUGGAUGAAGCUGGGUCAUCUAAGGGCCUGACAACUAACGGACAAGAACCAAAAGAACAGAAUGUAGAAGACGAGUCUGCUAGGAAGCUACAUGAUGGACCUCGGCCAACUGAGGGCCCGACAACCAACGGACCAGAACCAACAGCCCAGAGUGGAGGAGACCAGUCUGUUGUGAAUAUGGAUGAAGCUGGGUCAUCUGAGGACCUGACAACUAACGGACAAGCAAAAAGUGAAGGAGAGCAACAAGACAAGACUGCUGAGCAUGAGCCAUCUGAGGACCAGCCGACCAGCUGAGCCUUCUGGGAGUUCUGAACAGAAAGAGAGCUGAGGAGGAGGAACCGGACCAAAGCAUGUCCCUGUGGAUUAAUCUCUGGAUUUUAAAUUCUACUUUGGUACUUAUUUGGCUACUCAACCCAGUGAUGACUGGACCAAAGUUUUACUGGACCAAAGGACUCUUUACACAUUAUGAACUGAGAUAUGAAUGUGGUAAAGAUACUGAAAUGACUUGGCAUACUCCCAGAACUAAUAUUUUUCUGACAAAUCUGUAUAAAUCUAAAUCACCAAAGAAUAUAUACGUUUGUCCCUUUUUUGUUUGAUGAUUUUUGAAAAUGAAGUCCCCAAUUAGGUCUGAUAAAUGCUUUUACUAAUGUUAUUGAGACAGUCUACUCAGUGAUAGGGAAAUGCUAGCCAAUGAAGACUAUGAACUAUGUUCCUCGAGCUCAGGAAACAAUAUCAUCCAAUAGUCAGCUCGAGAAACAAUAUCAUCUCUUUGCUUUGCUCUGGCUGCUUCUAAUGAUACACAUACACACACACACACACACACGGAGUUCAGAAGAAUGAGCGAUAUCGUUAUGUUAUGAUGUUAUAUAUGAAUGCUUUGACAUGCUGUAAUAUUGUGUAGUUUUACUAAUAUUUUGAUUCAAAAUAUGUAUAUAUCUUCACCAAAUCA